AUGGGAUUACAACAUAUCUUCUUCAAAAGAACCUCUUCCCUCACAAUUGCCAAACAAACAAUCAAUCAAUCAAUCAAUCAAUCAAUCAUGAUUAACGAUAAGACCAGACAAUCCACUCUUAAUUCAUUCCAAUUCAUGCAGAAGCAAAUCACAGAACAAGUUCAAGUUCUCCCCAGUCACGUCUCAGCAAUGUCCCUCACCACCGUCGAAACAUCCAACAAAAGAACCAAAAAAUUUGAAUCAGCACCCCUACCAUCAUUCAAAGAAAGUUUCUCAUUCCUUGAAGCAUCAUCACCAAGCCACGUACCAAGAAACAUCCCGGCCUUCCCUCAAACAACCAGUCCCACUCUGGACACGGCAGCACCAUUCACAGCACCUAGACUUUUCGUCACCUUUGUCCCCGUACCACAUCAAUUCAAUCAGGCAUUCAAUUCCAAUAUACCACCACAACCACUACCACCUUGUAGCAUCCCUUAUAACGCCACCGUCUACCAAGGCAAUCUCAUCUCUAACGCACCUUCGUUCCCCGUAAUAUACGGCAAGAACAACAACAAUACGGCAGUGUAUCGAGAAAAGAUUAAUUUCAUGAGUGGUCAGCCGAUGGCGGUGACCCAAGUAUCGCCCGUCAAUGCGAAUAUGGAUGAACGGUUGAGAUACAUCAAUAAUCAAGCGGUAAAGUAUCAGCGGGACGGUAAUCGUGCCCAGGCAUCCUCAUCCUCCGCAUCAUCCUCCACAUCAUCUUCCGCAUCGUCAUCUAAUGCUGGUAGUAGGCAAUCCAGUAAUAAUUGUUUGAUAUCAAAGAAAAGUUCCAACGGCAAGGGUAACGUGAAGAAAAGACGCGGUCAUAAAUUACACAUUUGUGUUGUUUGUGGGAAAUCAUUGACUAGAUCCACUUCGUUGCGGACUCAUAUGUUGAUUCAUACCGGAUCGAGACCAUUCAAAUGCAGUUGGCCCAAUUGUAAAGCUAGUUCCAGUGUGAAAAGCAAUAUAACGAGACAUUUCAAGUCUCAUUUGAAGGGUCAGACCACCGAGGGUGCCAAAGUGAUAAAAUGA